CUCUAACAACUAUAAAAAGGCAACAACUUUCUUUAUCAUUUCAUCCAUUACUUUCAUUUUGAGCAAUAGAGCAAUACAGCAAAGUUUGUGCUUUUGUUUCUCUCUUUUGAAUCUCUUUAAGUUGCAAGAUACCUAUGGCUCUUAAUAUGAAUGAUUUGGAGAAGAACCUCUUGAAGAGUGAUGAGCUUCAUGAGUAUAUAUUGAAGACAAAUGUUUUUCCAAGGGAGCAUGAACAACUCAAAGAGUUGAGAGAAGUCACAGAGAAGCACCCUAUGGGGUUCAUGGGAGUGCCUCCAGAGGAAGGGCAACUGUUAUCUAUAAUUUUAAAGACCAUGAAUGCCAAAAGGACUUUGGAAGUUGGUGUUUUCACUGGUUACUCACUCCUCACAACGGCUUUAGCUUUGUCAGAUGAUGCCAAGAUAACAGCUAUUGACAUUGAUAAAUCAUACUAUGAGAUUGGGCUACCAUUCAUUAAGAAAGCAGGAGUUGAACACAAAAUCAACUUCAUAGAGUCUGAGGCUAGUCCAGCUCUUGAUAAGUUGAUUCAAGAGGUGAAAGAAGACGAACUCUUUGAUUUCGCCUUUGUUGAUGCCGAUAAAAACAAUUACAUCCAUUACCAUGAAAAAUUAUUAAAAUUGGUUAAGGUCGGAGGGAUCAUAGCAUAUGACAAUACAUUGUGGUUUGGUACAGUUGCUACUCCUGGACCGGUCGAUCCAAAAUACCCGGACUUUGUGGGCAUAUUGAGAGAUGAUGUCGUCAAGCUCAACAAGUCUUUGGCUACUGAUCCACGCAUUGAGAUUUCACAAGUCGCAGUCGGAGAUGGUCUCACUAUUUGUCGACGAAUUUAUUAGGCAUAAUAUUAAUAAAAAAUAACAAUAAGUCUGAAUGAGCUUGCUGCUUGUUGCUUGUUAUUUGUUUCGAAUAUGGAUGCAUGCUAGCCAUGCAUUUGCGUUUGUAUGUUUAUUUUGUAUUUUUUUUUUUUAUGUCAACUUAUAUGAACUAUUUUUCCUAAAUUAUAAAAAAAUUGCUGAUGAAUC